UUUUAUAACGUCUUCAGACUAAAAUCAUCUGUUAUUGAAUAGUUAUUGGAAUGGACACAUGUCGGUGUUCUAACAACUGAAUAUUUGUUGGAAUUAAGCUGAACAGAUAGACAUCACAACAUUUGUUUCUUAGUCUACAGUUCAUUACUUGUAUUCAGAAAGUGUUAUGACCAUCAGUCGGACUGAGACCGCCUCGUUGUUUAUACUGGCUGCGUUGGCUAUACAAUUAUAUCUCGAUCAUAACAACAACAUGUAUCGUUGGUCGACGUGGUUCGCUGGCGAUCCUAUUGAUCACUACCGGAUCCUCAACGUAACUCGAGGUGCCAGCAGAGCGGAAAUAAAGAAAGCGUUUCAUAGACUAGCGCUCAUUCUUCAUCCAGAUACAAGCCAAACCAAGUGCGACACUACGGAACUCUUUUACCUCGCGCAGAGUGCUUACGAUAUUCUCUACAACAAAAUGAAAAGAAUGGUGUACGACCUUUUUAACCCGGACGCCGGAAAAUGGACUGUGGAGUAUACGUGGGACAUCGACUUCUGUUCCAGACUCUCCUACAUUUUCAUCGAUGACUUUUUCCGGCUGGCCUGGCAAACUGUGUUGAGAACUUACCAGUAUGGUUUGUAUUUUAGUCUGUAG